AUGGCGCGCCGCGGCGGGACUUCGCGGCAGCUGCUGCAGCAGCAGUACCACGCGCAUGCGCCCGGCGGGAGGAGCGCCUCGCGGGACGGAUUCCACUGCAGCUCUCUGUCGAUCGGGUCUCUCAUCACGUACUGCUUCCUGCUGCUGGCCCUCGCACCCAGUGCCGACUCCACGGCUUUUUGCGUGCUCCACAACACGACGAUGUGCUGGGGCAACUAUCACAGCAUGGUUGAGGUGAUCGUCGACAGCCCCUUCGACGGCAUCGACGUCGGUGGCGACAGCGCGCCCGCGCUCGUCGACCUCGACGGCGACGGCGACCUCGACCUCGUCGUGGGCGAAAAGUACGGCACCCUCUACUACUACGAGAACGUCGGGUCCGCGGCGUCGCCGAGCUACGAGGCCGUCACCGGCACCGCGAGCCCCUUCGACGGCAUCGACGUCGGUCUCCACAGCGCGCCCGCGUUCGCCGACGUCGACGGCGACGGCGACCUCGACCUCGUCGUGGGCGAAGAGGAGGGCGCCCUCUACUACUACGAGAACGUCGGGUCCGCGGCGUCGCCGACCUACGCGGCCAGGACCGGCACCGCGAGCCCCUUCGACGGCAUCAAAGUCGGUGGUAACUACGGGCGCAGCGCGCCCGCGCUCGCCGACGUCGACGGCGACGGCGACCUCGACCUCGUCGUGGGCGAAGGGUUCGGCGCCCUCUACUACUACGAGAACGUCGGGUCCGCGGCGUCGCCGAGCUACGCGGCCGUCACCGGCACCGCGAACCCCUUCGACGGCAUCGACGUCGGUAACCGCGAACGCAGCACGCCCGCGCUCGCCGACCUCGACGGCGACGGCGACCUCGACCUCGUCGUCGGCGAUCGGUUCUACGGCCUCUUCUACUACGAGAACGUCGGAUCCGCGGCGUCGCCGAGCUACACAGCCGCCAGGUCCUCAGAGUGGCCCUAUCUCUCUCUUACGGAGAAGACCGGCACCGCGAACCCCUUCGAAGGGAUUGAUGUCGGCACCUCGACGUAUGAUGUCGGCAUUUCUGACAUCGCGCCCGCGCUCGCCGACCUCGACGGCGACGGCGACCUCGACCUCGUCGUGGGGGACGGAUACGGCGGCCCCCCUGGGGCCCUCUACUACUACGAGAACGUCGGGAACGCGACGUCGCCGACCUACGCGGCCGUCACCGGCACCGCGAACCCCUUCGACGGCAUGUAUUUUUGGGCUAACAGCGCGCCCGCUUUCGCCGACCUCGACGGCGACGGCGACCUUGACCUCGUCGUGGGCGAGUACGACGGUGGCAUCUACUACUACGAGAACGUCGGGUCCGCGGCGUCGCCGAGCUACGCGGCCGUCACCGGCACCGCGAACCCCUUCGACGGCAUCGACGUCGGUUCAUUUUGUCCUGUCUUCGGCCCUUCUCUUUCUUCGACAAGCUCCUCGCCAUGA